GAAACGUGUGGAAUCAACUGCAGCAACCGCAACGCCGCGGAAAGCGCCAUCUUUAACGUGCACGCCGUUUUAUGCGAAGCGUUGCAGCCGAAUUGAUAUUCUUCUCCUUUCAUCUUUUCCUAAUUAUUAUCACUGCGCCACGAACUUCUGGAAAAGGCAGCAGCACCCACCGACCCACGUAGCGUACGUACACAGAAAACAGUGAGUGCAUACGUGCGCUGGCGAUGCUGUCCUUCCCCAACCCCCCCUCACCCCUUUCCAGGUGACACUGUUGCCCGAGCAAUUGCAGUCGCCAUCGUCGUCGUCAGGCGGUUCGUCCUCCUCCACCGCCGCCGCAACAUCCACCCAACGCGCGCUGGAGGCCUCCCGCACGGAGAGCUGGACAGCUGCCGCGUCAAUGCUCCACAGUGUUCUCGACCUCGCUAGCAACUACCGCAAGCCGCAGGUCAAAUUUGCAUCCUACUCCCCCGAGAAGGUGAUGCGCAGCGUGCGCGGCAUCGUCGAUGACGACCGGUGCAAGGAACUGCUUGCGAUGCUGCAGGAGGCCGUACGCGCCUACGCGGAGCGCUGUGUCGAGAGAAUCGCGGAGCUGCGUCGUAAUCAGUCCUUCUCCGCGGUGGCGGCCGCUUCUCCCACGUCGACACCGUCGCCACAUAAAGCGAUCACUUCAACGGGUAGCGCCGAUGAGGACGAGGAGGCACAACAGGGAGAGGUGAAAGAGGACGCAGCGUCAGCACUGGAUGCGGUGCGGACCCUCGCCAUCUUCGUCACGUACUUCGAACGGCUGCAGCACGGCAUCGCUGAGCUCGCCGCGGUGUGGGUCUACGCAAACCAGUGGUGCUCCCUGCAAGCAAGCCGUGAGAUCCCCCGCUCCCUCACCACGGCGGGCAGCCAAGAGGCGAGCGAUGUGUUUCGCAACGUGCCGGAGCUGUUCGAGGUCGCCUUAAAAGGUUACUGCGCAGUGUUGAAGGCGGAGUUGGAGGCCGAUACGGCGACACUCGACACGACAACUUCAACCGCCACCGCGACGACGACGACGACGACAACAGCCACUGCCUUGGCGGUCUCCACGACGAGCGAGGUCGCCCAACUGAAGUCCUCCGCCACUGCCGCAGACGCGAGGAUGGGCGUCUCGGAGCUAGAGAUGCUCGCCUGCCCGCCGUCGUUAGAGCACCUGACCACUCCCCUCCGUCGCCGUCUUUUGUUUCUCUUUACGCAGCUGACACGCGAGUCGCAGCAGUACAACGCGCUUGUGGAGCCGGUGGUGGUGCGCCUGGUGCGAAGCCACUUCGAGAGUGUGGCGCACAAGUGGUGGGCCGAGGAGUUGAGCGCAAAGAAGUAUUUCGAGCUGAGUGAGACGGCGUUGAAGCACGCGGACACGGUGUAUCAACAGUUUCUCCACUCGGGCACCAUACCCUUGGUGGAGGACGCCAUCCAGGCGACGCUGAUCGGCAGCGUCGGUGCCGAGGUGCUAAAGCGCGACUUUGCGCUGUUGAUGGAGCAGGAGCAGUUCCACGCACUGCGAUUGGCGUGGCGACUUCUUUCGUCCAGCGCACACGUGCGCAGCGCCCCGGCGGUCGUCACGCUGUUCCGCGAGUACCUUCUGGAGUGCGGGCAGGGGAUUAUGGAGGAGUUGGUGCCGAGUUCGGCGAAGAUAACACCAGCUGGUGCACAGGUCGCCGCACGUGAACGGCCCUUCUUGGCGGUGCGUCAUUUAAUUGGGUUAUUGGAGCAGGGCGGCCGCACCGUGGAGAAGUGCUUCCACGAAUGUGAGAAGGAGUUCAAGGUGGCGCUGCAUGAGGCCCUGCAAACCAUCCUGGAAGCCUACCCGAACGCCUUCUCGGAGCAGCUGGCGGCCUAUCAAGAUGCGAUUAUGAAGGAGGUGGAGGUGGGACACGUGCCCGUGAGUCUGUCCGCCGCCGCGGCGGGACCGAAGACGCACGAGGUGGCGCGCGCUUCGCUCUCCCCGUCGCCGCUGCAACAUCACCACCUGCACGACGAGGAGAACAGCGGGCCACAUGCGGCUUCCACCGCCGCCACUGGUGGGGAGGCGGAAGAGGUAGAAGAGGAAGACCGGUCGCCUCUGCGCCGCCCGCGUGCUGAGGCGACUGCUCCGUCAAGCACCGCCACCACAACACCGGCACAGACCAGUGCGGCCGCCGCUGCCGCCGCCGCUGAUGAGCGCCGGGAUGAGGAAGCGGGUGCAGGAGCAGGCGCCAUCGAGGAGAAAGAUGCCGCUUUGGGUGCUGCGGCCUUGCGCCACGCGGCCCCGCUGCCCGCCGAGGCAAAAGAAGCCACACCCGUGCUGCGCCGCAUCGCGUACAUUUAUUCCUACCACCCAAAGAAGGACCUCUUUGAGGCGGCCUACUGGCGCGACUUUGCUCGGCGCUGCCUGCACCCGCACCGCAAGGUGGACGUGGCGGCAGAGAACGCCUUCAUCUUUUACCUGCGCGACAUCUGCGGCCUGUCCUUUACCUCCAAAUUUGAGGGCAUGAUGACGGAUCUCGAGUCGUCCUCGCAGCUGACGGCGCAGUACAAGACGUGGUGCCAGGAGCAGACGCCGUCGUCUGCGGUGCUUGCCGAUGAGGAGGAGGAAGGAAGGAGAGAGGACAGGGCUGCGGUUCGUACGGCGACGGAGAAGGUAGCGAUGACCGCUGCAGCUGGCGGUGCAGCGGUGGAGACGCACCUGCUGAUUCUCGCGCAGAGUUUCUGGCCCAAGUACGCCCCCCAGCCCCCACAGCUGUACGUCCCACCUCCCCUGCAGCGUGUUACGAAAUCCGUAGAGAAGUUCUACACCGGCCUCUUCCCGAACCGUCACCUCACCUGGCAGCACCCACUCGCCCACGCCACACUGCGGACGCAGCUGACGCCUCAGAGCCCGGUGUUCAGUCUGACCGGGACGUACGCGCAGUGCAUGGUGCUGAUGCGGCUGGACGCGAUGCUCGACGCGGGGGUCACCGCCGUGACGGUGAAAGCGCUGUGUGACGAGGCCGGGUUAGACUGCACGAGCACCGAGGUGCUGUGGUCCCUGCAGGGGCUGUGUCACCCGCGAUUCCGUCUUGUUCUGUGCAGCGGCAAAACGACGGCAUCAUCGCCCGCGAGGGCAGCGAAUGCGAAAGAGGAGUCAGAAAGGGAGGGCGCGGUGAGGGCUCCGGCUUCUUCUUCUUCGACGACGACAACAGUUCAAGGGCAACUGUCUCCAACCGAUGUGGUGCGACUGAACCUUGACUUCUCCUCGAACACGACGAAGGUGCGCAUUCCACUGCAGACCCGCGCCCGCACGACGGCGCCGGCCGGGAUGGACGGCAGCGGCCGUGGUGCCCGCACGGUGGACAACGACGGUCAUCUAGUGGAGGUCGCCGUCGUCAGCUGCCUCAAGGCGCGGCGUAGUGUGUCCCACGCUGACCUCGUUGCCGACGUGAAUGCGCGUCUGCCCUUCGCGGUGUCUGUCCCGAUGCUGAAAAAGACGAUGGAGAAGAUGAUUGAGCGCGGCUUCAUGGUGCGGGGGAAAGACAACACCUACCAAUUCUCGGCGUGA